AGUUGUACAUGAAUGCGUUAAGUCUUCAGUUCACUGCACUGCAGGUAUUGGUCUAUUACCUGCUUUACGGUAACAGGCACUACUCAGCAGAAGUUCCGGACGGUUCCACAGGACGCUUGUUGAAGACGACAAGAGGGAAAAUAACUACUACGACUAAAGUGAAGUUCGAAAGAGAGAUGGAAACUCGUGGCAAGAAGAGAGGUGAAGGGAGCAGCAAGACUAAAAGACCAUCCAACCCUAACCUGUGUUCCUCUAUGACUGUGCCACCUCAGGAUGAUCAAUCUGUAGAUGAGGUUGGCAUGCAACCAAAGACCAAAAAGGCCACAGUUGGUUGUUCCCUGAAGGAAUCACUAAAAAUUCAGGAUUCUCUAUCUGAAGAUGAAGUUGGCAUGCAGCCGAAGACCAAAAAGGCCGCAGUUGGUUCUUCCCCGAAGGAAUCACUAAAAAUUCAGGAUUCUCUAUCUGAAGAUGAAGUUGUCAUGCAGCCGAAGACCAAAAAGGCCAAACGUCGCAGUUCCCCCAAAAAAUUAUUGUCACCAACGGGAGCAUCAUUAAUCACAAAAUUGAAAGAGGAGAACAAAUUGGCUAAGAUGAAAAUACAACGCCUGGAGGAGCGGGUGAAGCACCUGGAAGAGGCUAACAUCGAUCUCAAAAAGGACAAAGAUUUUCUGCUUAGUAGAUUUGACGAGAAGCCAGGUCCUUCUCACAAGAGUGCAAAGAAAGAAGUCAUCUCUACCUCCUCUGAAACACCCUCAGCCUCAUCCUCUGAUGAGUCAUUCUUAUCAGAGGAAGAAGAGGUUAAGGUAAAGGAGAAGAAGAAGAAGAGGAAGACCAAGAAGCCAAUGAAAACCUUAGAGCCACACAGUCGCUCGAGGAUGACAACCAUCGAUGGCGUGGUGCGGCGCUACAUGAGGGCUCUCAAGAGCUUCAAAAAAACUGGAUCCAUGAAGCGAGCCUUUGAGCAUUUGGGGGUGGACCGGAACACCAUAGCAAGGACCGCCCCAAUCGCUGAGGUCCACAUGAUUUUCCCAGACAUAUUUGAGGGUUUGAGUAAAGAUAGCCAUGACAAAAUCUCCACCUUCACAGAGAGGUGCAGGGAAGCCAUAACAGCAGAAAUGGCGAGCACACUGACGCACAAAAAAAAUGCAGGUGAACUACUGCCGAUCACUUACAAAAUGACCUAAUCAUUAGACAAUUGGCUUUAUGCACAGCUCCACGACUUCCUGAAAUAAG